CUGCCCUUGGAGCGUCGCGCGCGCCCCGCGCGGCUGAAGCGUCGGAAGGCGGCUGCAGUUCGGGGCACAUAAACAGAGGAAGGAAAGAGGAGGUGAUGCUCACAUUGGACUCCGGAGCAUGCAGUUAAUCCCAUGAGCUGCUGAAGCAUGAAGGAAGGCUCCCCUGUAACGUACAUGUGAUGUGAGCAAUCCAGGAAUGCAGCGCCUUAUCCACAGAGUCUCGGCGGGAGAAGCGCAUCUCCUUGUUCUAACAAGAAAACGGAAUCCGGGAACGUUUUAAAAACUGCUGCUCGCUUUGUUGCACGGCCGCACAUGCCCUUGGUGAAGGCUGCUAGGUUUCUUCUCUCUGUGUUGUUCCUUUUUUAAAAACAACAACAACAACAAAACGAUUUCAAUACAAAAUUAGCAAGAUGAUCGACUUGAGCUUCCUUACGGAUGAAGAGCAGGAGGCGAUCCUCAAAGUGCUUCAGCGGGAUUCAGACCUGAAGAAAGCUGAAGAGGAGAGGGUCAGGCAUUUAAGUGAAAAAGUUAAAGAUGAGAUCCAGGUUAAGAACAUGAGCGGGCAGUGGUUUUACGAAGCCAAGUCCAAGAGGCAUAGAGAGAAAAUUCACGGAGCAGACAUCAUUCGGGCAUCCAUGAGGAGGAAGCCGUUUCCAACAGCAGAACUGAGUCAAAGUAAGUCAGACAAGACAAAGAGCAGCUGGGUGAACAAUGUCAAUAAAGAAGUUUUCACGCCUCCAGAAUUGCUGGGUGCCGUAAAAGAGGCACAGGUGGAAUCGAAAUCUGAUGAAAGCCCCAAAGUGUUCAGUGCAGCCUCUGACGCAUUAGAGACGCCUCAAGAAAAAACAAGGAAGUUAGCUGCCUCACCGUCUAAGCAAAGGAAAAACCCAUUUAAUGAAUCAACUCUGCUAGAAGAUAGUGCAAAAAAUGAGCAGCCUGAGCAUGGAAUGGCAAUGGAAAAAGAACGUGUGUCCCUUACAUGUAGUGUGUUUUACCCUUUGCUUUGUGUGUGCUUUGCAUCUUGUUUUGCAGACCCGCAUUCGGUAGGAAACCAGCCCAAGGUAGACGUAACAAACCACAGCAGGGUAGAGGAGUCGCAUCGGGCUCCUGUAGAACCGAACGACUUGCCGAGGCAGGCAGGGAAACCACCUGUACCCAAAGCCAGGAGAAACAUCCACAAGACAUCAGACGUCAGCUCGAAGAGCGAAGAGUCCUUUCCCCAGGCUCCGAAGAGGAUCAAGCAGGUUAACGGCCAGGGGUCUCUGCCCAGGGGCAUCCUGAAGCGCAGCUCAAGCUCAAGCUCCACCGAUUCCGAAGUGUUCCGCUUGAACCAAACCUUGGAGCCCUCCGGUAAAAGCGGACUGCCGGCCCCGACCGUCCUUGAACGUGUUGCGGAGAAGAGCCCGCCUCCUCCAGGCGAAUCCGAAGGGUUCUCCGAAAACUCGUUGGAGAGGCUGAAGCAGGUCCGGUUCUCGUCCAGCGUCAGUAGGAAAGAGCGCCCGCAGAGCCUUGAGUUGCACGAGGGCAAGGAAUCCGGGGAGUUUCGUUUGUUGGACUCCGAUGACGCCAAGGCCAAUGGGAAUGGAGCGGGCGAUCCAGGUGCGCUUCAGAGUCGGCACGCUCUCCCGUCUAAGCCCCCUCGGGCCCAUUCUCCAGCCUUAAAUGGUAAUGCUGAGAGCCAAGGAGAGGGAACGGCUCCAGGUUCUCACGGUGCCAAGAGCUCGGGUCUGCCAUCCAACACGUUGCAGCCCGAGAGACACCCUGUUGCGGGACCUACAAUUCCAAGUGAGUCUCCUAGCAAGACCUUCCCCGCAAUGAGGGAAGAACAAACCAAUCCCACAAAGCCUCAGAUCAAAACAAAGCCUCCGAGCCUUGAACAGGACACCUCGAAAAGCACAGCUGACCAGCAGCUGCCUAAAACAGAAGACUCUCAGGUGCCAAAUGUUGGCUCUGCAGACCUUGAACAAGGUAAGCAAGCUCGGGUUGAGGCUCCGAGUGCUAAAACUGUUUCCAAAUCUGACAAAUACAAUGCUGAGAUCUUGAAGGCAGCCGAUGAGUCCAUAUCUAAGGUGCUCGACUGGUUUAAAAGAAGUUCCAGUGAUGACGAAAAAGAGACACUUCCGGAAAUCCCUCAAGACGCGAGACUUGCAGAGGAAAUGGAUAUACCCAAGGCAAGAGAAUCUGCUGCAAUGGCAAAAGAUAAAGACUGCAGUUCAGAUAUGUUCAAUCUGCAUUCUUCUGUACGUGAAAGAAAAGAGCCGGCCAGCAAGGACUAUCGAUUCCACGAAAUGGUAAACGGUGGGUCGCCGUUUACAAAGGAUGGAAGUCCAGGCAGCCUGUUACUAGGAGAUCAAAGCGAAACAGGAGAGGUUGCUUCCUCUAGCUCCCAAGGGCAGGGCAUUCAUUUAAAUGAGAGAACACGUUUUCAGACCAUUGGCCAGCCUGCAAACGAGAGAGAUGAGAGGGCUGUGGAAGGCAAGGUUGAAACGGAGGACAAAAGUGCCUUGUGCAAAGAACCGAAGAUCUUGGAAGAUGCAAAGGGAAAACAGGGUUUGAAAAGUGUUGGCUCUUCUUUUGGAAAAGUAACAGGAAGGGGAGAUGUUACGCCCGAAGGGGGGAGAGGUGUUAAAGCUUUUUUGGAAGGAGCAAAUUCUGAGCAUCGAUCUGGAGGGGAAGAAUCUGGGCAUCUGGAUGAGAAAAACUCGCAGCACCCCAGUAGAGGGGAUCUCCUUACCUUACCUCAAGAUGAAUCCAAAGAAUCAUCUCUGAUAGAGGUUCCAAGAAAAGUCAAGAAUAUCAGGGCUUUCUGGGAAAGAGAGGCGAUGAAUCCAAAGCUUGCAAAUAAGGAAGGCCUAUUAAGUGAAAGCACUGCUGGGAGUAACCGGAUACCAAUCUAUAAAGAGGAAUGCAGCAGAAUAAAACCAGUGGGUGGGUCCUCAGGAUAUGUUACUGGAGAAUCUGAUAACGAACAAGGUUCGGAAGAAGAACUAAACCCUGUAAUGGAGGCUUUGAAAAGGAGUUCAAAUAGGCAGAUCCCUUCCAAAAGUCUAGAGGACAUACCAUCAGCCACAUCAAAUAAAGGAAAAGUAAACCUCCCAAAGGAAGAUUUAAUGCUUAGUGCGGAAGAUGAUCAAAAAGCAGAUCAGCCUGAUGAGAACGCUCCAGGAAUUUCCACAGCACCUUCUUUUCCUGAUAGACAGUUCUCACAUCCGGAAAAAAUCAAAAGGAUGAGCAAAUCAGUCCCAACAUUUACUCAGGAGGAGAGCGAUGGCAGAGAAACAGAUACAGCUUCAGACAGCAGUUACCCACUUGGCAGAAUCAAGAAGAGCCCCAGUUCGCUAACCAAUCUUAGUGGCUCUUCUGGCUUGGCGUCCUUGUCUUCUGUCAGCACGAGUGUGAUGAGCAUCUACAGCGGAGACUUUGGGAACGUGGAUGUGAAAGGAAACCUCCAGUUUGCCAUUGAUUAUGUGGAGCAGCUGAAGGAACUUCAUAUUUUCGUUGCCCAGGGCAAGGACUUGGCAAUUGCAGAUGUUAAGAAGCAGCGUUCAGAUCCGUAUGUGAAGAGUUACUUGCUACCAGAGAAGUACAAACUGGGCAAAAGAAAAACGUCGGUGAAGAAGAAGACGUUGAACCCUGUCUUCAAUGAGAUAUUGAGGUAUAAAGUUGACAGGGCCCUCUUGGCAUCCCAGAGGUUGAAUGUCUCCGUGUGGCACAAUGACACGUUUGGGCGUAACAGUUUCCUGGGCGAAGUGGAGCUGGACUUGGGAGAAUGGGACUGGGAUGACAGGCAGAACAAGCAGAUGAUUUGGUACCCGCUUAAGCCAAGAACUCCACUAGCUGGUCUUGAUCUGGAGAACAGAGGGGACAUGAAAAUAGCUCUCCAAUAUGUUCCACAACCUGUUGGGGGUAAAAAACAUCCAGUCACUGGAGAAGUCCACAUUUGGGUGAAAGAAUGCAGUGACCUCCCAGUCCUCAGGGGCAAUAGACUCAACUCUUUUGUUAAGUGUACCAUCCUUCCAGACACAAGCAGGAAAAGCCGUCAGAAAACAAGAGCUGUAGCGAAGACAACAAAUCCGGUGUUCAAUCAUACAAUGGUCUACGAUGGCUUCAGACCUCAAGAUUUGAAAGAAGCCUGCGUGGAGCUCACUGUCUGGGACCACAACAAACUAGCCAAUCACUUCCUUGGAGGCCUCAGGAUAGGACUUGGAACAGGUAAAAGCUACGGUACUCCAGUAGACUGGAUGGACUCUACAACAGAUGAAAGCAACUUAUGGGAACGAAUGAUUGAUUCUCCAAACACCUGGGUUGAAGAUACGCUGCCACUCAGGAUGCUGAUGAUGGCAAAAGCGGCGAAAUAGGAUGAAGCUCCUUUUGGACGCUUCCUGUUUGUACGGCUUGCUGGCGUUUGGGUGGAAAGAAGAGCCAAGCAAAAAUAGAGAGGAACCUGGGGUGCGGGGGUGCACAGUGGCUGAUAUAUUCAUUUGUAAUUUCAUCAGAGGGCAUAUGUGUCUGCAAUACAAUUUUAAACUAUUUUACUAAAUGCUACUUUGAUAAUGCAUGUCAACUCCUUCCUGCCCUCAGGUACUGUUAUUAAAAAUUAAACUUUAUUAAAGAUGAAUUAAAACUGUAAAAUAUAUGUAUUUAAAAUAUUG